AUGAGGCCUUCGAUCGCGUCCAUCGUCCUCUGGGCUGUCUGCCUAACGGGCGGCGCCCUCGCUAACCAGGACGAGCUCGACGGCAACAACGUCGAUGACGCGCCCACGCGCGAUCACGGCAACAGCAUCGAGGUCGACAAGAUUGGCCUGCCGAUCUACACGACCCUCAACGGCUCCGUGACGAACCUCAACGAAAUACUCCCGAGCAUCCAUCUCAACCGCACCAAGGCCUUCCUCAACUGCUCCCAGGGCAGUAUGCAGGUUGAGCUCAUGUUCCAGGAGCCCUUCUACGGCUUGGCCUACGCGGACUUCGACAGGAACAGCGCUUGCAUGACCAAGGGCCGGGGACUCGAUAGCGCCAGGAUCGAGCUGCCACUUAAAGGCUGUGGGACCGUGCAGGAUCCGCCACGAGUCUUCACGAACAAUAUCGUCGUGCGUUUUCAUCCAGGACUCGAGAUGGAUGGCGAUGAAGUUAUAACUAUAGUUUGCCGAUAUCCUCCAGCAAGAGCGGAAAAACCGGGUCCUUUACUCGCACAUCGAGAAUCACCACCACCAGCGGCACCGAUACUCAGCGGCUUCCAUAUCCUCCUAAUGAUAUGCACGCUGCUGUUCCUCGCGCUACUCCUCCUUGGACUCGGCUGCUCCUACAUGUGCCUCAAGCGCAGGCCCGUCCCCGUCGUUCAUCACCAACAGUUCGCCGGCUCCGAGAUCACAAAGGUCUCCGGCUCCUCGGCAUUAAGUCGCAUAUCCAUGUUCGACGACUUCAAGAUACCGAGGAUCAUCGGUACUCAGCAGACCUACGGAAGCGAGGCCCACUUGGUAAUCGAGCACUCCGACACGCUGCCCAGCGAUUAUCCCAGCGAGAGUCACUCCGAGGUCGACGAAGAGAGAUCCCUCCCCGUAUCAUCAGCUGGCUCGUACGAAACCAAGGCAUUCAUUCAUCAGCAGGUGGAACAACGCGCCUCGAGCUCCCUCUACUCGGAAACGAUCAAUGAGGUAGAAAGCACAGCGGUAACAGCCUCGCGUAUGACCCAGUCGCGUCAUCCAGUAGCCAUGCCCGUGGAGCCCAAAUUCGACGUACUGAUGCGAGUUAAACGCGCCCCGGCACCUCCCAGUCCCCUGCCUUCCGAGUCGGACGCCAGUCUCGCUCUGGAGCGCAAUUUAACGACGAUCCUCGAGCGCGAGGAGACGGCUAGAGCCGUCGAGAGUCCGGAGCCGCGUCUAACAACAUUCGCUUACGUGCCCGAGCUUCACGCCCCGCCUAAUACCUCCCGCCAACAGACGCCACCGGUUUACUCUAGAAUUCUGCGCAAACAGGCGGAUCGCGAGACCGUGACGGAAACCAACGCCGCCGCCACUGCCACCGCCAACGUCACCGCCCAUCGUCCACGAUCCCUGGCUUCGCUCAACACCGAAAUGACGGAGACGAGAUCGCUUACCGAGGUCACCGACGCCACUCACGCCAAAUACCGAGUCGCCAGUAUGCUGGCCCCCUCGACCUCCAUACACCCGAGCGUUAGCCACGUGACGGAGGAUUACCGGGAGCAAAGGAGGGAAGAGGUCGAGCCGCUGGUCGAGCCGGUCGUCGCCUCUAGGCGCCCGGAGAUCACCACUCACGAAGUCGACGACGUCUUCCUGCGUACCGUCACCGAGAAGAAGACCAUCGAGGACAUCGAGCGCCAUCGGCGCCAGGUGACCGAGUAUCACGCGAGGCAGCAGCCCCUCCCUGAUCCGAAAUGGGACGUCACCAUCAGGAACUACCCGAUGCACGAGCUACCGCCCCCGCCGCCCGAGUGGGAGAACUUCUCGGACGUGAGCUCGGCCUCGAAUCUCACGAUAGCCAACGAGCCCGUGAGCACGAAAAUUAGGGACGAGCCCAUCGACGUGCACAUCCAGCCGACGUACACCGUGAGGGGAGCUGACAUAUCACGGAGCACUACCCACGACCUCGUCAACGAGGAGGUGGAGCGCGGCGCAGCGAGCUGGUACAACCUCGAGCGCGUGCUCGAGCCACAGUACGCCGCGGAGUUUACCGACGACGAGCGAAAAAAGUGGCGAGAGAUCAUUACCACCGAGAGCACUCUCAAGACCCUGUUGACGGAGGCCAUCGUUAAAGAGGACUACGAGCUGAUUAGGAAGGACGCGAGGUACGUGAGCUUGUUCCCGCCGGCCAAAUGGGACGUCAUUAUACGCAUCGUCAGUCCGGUCAAUGCCGGCUCGGCCUCCUCGUCGGCUCACGGCAAAAGCGGUCAACGCUACAAGCGAGGCAAAUCCACCGAGUGGGACAACAGGUCGCGGAGAUCAUCCCUGCCGACCCUCUACGAGUACGAGAGCGACGGUGGAAGCUCGGCCAGGACCUUUGGCCAAGAUCAGCUGAGAAGCUCGUCCGGGCCCGGAGUCUCGGGAAUAAGAAUCAGAAAGCUGAGCUCGACGACGAGGGGUGGAAGCGAGGCCGACCUCAGAUCGAUGUCCGAAAUGACGGUUCGAGACUUCGCCCGCUUAGACAGGGACGACCAGACGAGUCUUUCGUCCUUCGAGGGCGACUCACUGGUGAGAUCGCUGAGCCAGCCGAGUCUGGCCAGGUCCGGCUCCGAGUUCACGGAGCACUGGGGCCUGCCGGCCCGCAACCUGCCGCACUGGGGCAUCGACGACGAGCCCUGCAGUUCGACGGAGACGACACCGCGGCCCCACAGGAGAGAAGUCCUGCCCGUCUCCUCGUACGAGGAGGUCACGAGGCAGGGACGAACCAUCGCCGGCCAGAGCGUCGGUGUCGGUGGGGUGGGCGGUGGCAGUGGGGGCCGUGUUCGUCACGGCGCCACCACCACCACCAGCAGCAGCUACGCGACGACAACGCGAUACACCGAGCGAGAGAUCCACAUGCAGAACGCCGUACAGAGUCGGUCCAGCUGGUUCCACGACGACUCCGAGCCGGAGAUGCAGAUUUGAUGUUCGAACGCGAUGUCCCGGGCUUGACAGCGAGCGCCGAAUCCUCCUGCCAAGUCCGACGCUUAACGGCCGUCCUUACUUUCGUCAUCGCGAUCGUACCAAGCGUAGUCCCGUACCCACACCCAGUCAAAUCGAACAGUCGACCCUCCCGUCACACACCUCCCACCGUCACCGCUCAUCCCCCGAUUCAUUGGAUUUUUAGCUUCGCCUAGGUUAUAACGUCGAUCGGGCGCGUGGCACGCGAACUUACACUCCGCGCUCCGCACGUAUUGUUACGAACGACUUUGCGGGGGCGUGGUGGUGCGUGGGAUCAAAGACGUCGUUAGGCGAUCCCGGAAGGAAUAGUAUGG